UUUUGAAGAGAAGGAAGAAACUACUCACUCGAGCACGCGCGUCGCCGGGGAUCGCCGGCCCGGAGCUAGGGUUCCGAUGGCGGUCGCCGCCGCGCCGCGAGCCUUCCUCCCGCAAGGCCGCACUCAGCCGGCUGCUGGGGAGAUGGGGCCUCGCCUUCGGCAGCUGCGCGAGCUCCGCAGGGUGCCGCUCCAGGAGCUCGUCGCCCGCCUCGCCGACCUCCGCUCCGACGAGGCCAGCCCCGUGCGCAAGGUCGUAGCCGAGAUGAUUGGUGAGGUUGGGUCAAAGAAGAUGGUGUAUAUACCAGAUAUGAUGCCUUAUCUGCUGGAUCUUCUGGAUGACGAGACACCGGCAGUUGCGAGACAGGCUGUUAAAACAGGAACAAACUUAUUUGCCAAAGUGCUGCAGCAGCUAGUUAUCCAGGGUUUGUUCUCAAGCGGUGGGAUUGAUGAUUCACUCAAACUGUCAUGGGAGUGGAUGCUCAAGCUUAAAUCAGCGGUGUCGCUCCUGGCAUUUCAGUCUACCAGCAAUGAAGGAGUCAGGUUGCUGGCUAUUAAGUUUGUUGAAAAAACAGUUCUUAUGCACACCCCAGAUCCCAAUAUCACAUCAGAUCCACCAAACCAAGCUACAGAAGAUAUGGGAUUCAACAUAGCAUGGUUAAGGGGAGGUCACCCUUUGCUUAAUGUCGGUGAUCUAGCCAUGGAAGCCAGCCAGAGCCUGGGACAGUUGCUAGAACAGCUUAAGUCUCCUAAAAUAAGUUCACUCAGCACGUCGAUGAUCAUUGUCUUUGUUAGUAGUCUCUCGGCUAUUGCUCAAAGAAGGCCUUCAUUUUAUGGACGUAUACUGCCAGUUUUACUUUCGUUGGACCCAACAAAUGCCAUCAUUAAAGUGCAAGUUCCGGGUGCAUUCCAUGCUUUGAAGAGUGCCUUUGAUGCAUGUCUGAAAUGUACACAUUCAAGUGCUGAGCCGUGGCGAGCUCGCCUGUUAGAAGCUCAAAAUAUUAUUAAUCAGGGGGAUUCAAUAGAACAUAAUGCAAAUGCUGGAAGGAGUGUUGAGGAGACAUCAAACAAAGCAGAAUCAUUGCCUCUGACAGAGACAAGCACUGACAACAGUAACAAGCGAAGUCUGGCUGAUGACAUGAAUAAUAUUCUAGAGGAUGAUGGUCAUUCUAGUAAAAGAGUUAGACAAUCACAUGAUGCUGAAGAACAUAGUGAAGAAGCGAGGAAUAUCGAGGUAGCCUCCAUUGAUUCAUCGUCUAAUCCGCCUGCCCCUGCAAGAACUGGGAAUUCUGAAGCUGUAUAUCAAUUAAUUAGCAUGUUUGCUGCAUUAGCUGCGCAAGGCGACAGAGCUGCUGGAUCACUACAAAUCCUGUCAUCCAGUAUCGCUGCGGACUUAUUAGCAGAGGUGGUAAUGGUUAACAUGCAACAUCUGCCAGUUUCUCGUCCUGAAGUAGAUAAACAACAGCCUCCUUCAACCAGCCAGUCGUCUCAGAGUUCGAAUCCUAUUUCAGGUCGCUUUCCUCUGUUGGAAUCUCUAUUGAAGACAAUAAAAGAAGCCGAUCAAGAUGAAGUGCCUCCAGUUAACGAUUCUACUCUGGUGACAUCUUCUGCUGGUGACGUCGCACCAGUUAUUGCCAGUUCUGCUGUUCCUACUGCAACAAAUCCACCCAAGGAAGAGAACAGUGAUAGUUCAGCAGUUCCAUUAGAUAUGGAAAUAGUAGAGGCUAAAGUACCCAGUGCAGAUGCCACUGGGUUAUCGAUUGAGAUUCAGGAAUCAUCUGAAACUUCUCAUGCUUCAACAGAACCUCAGGGAACCCAAGAACAUUCUGGCAGCUUUAUCAGUUCACUGCCUGCUGAUAAUUCGUCUGUUGGUGUUAGUUUGGCUCAAUCUUCAGAAACUCGCAGUCCAACCUCUUCUACUAUUGAAGGAAGCCAAUCGCAGUUUUCAUCCUUGAAUUCACUUACUUCACAGCAUGUUCUUCCAAAGUUGGUUGUGACUAAUAUCGAUCUAACUGAUGAAGCUAAAGAUCUCCUUCAAAAAGAAGCAUUUCUGCGUAUUCUUGAGAGAGAUAAGCAAGAAGAAUCUAGUGGUUCAAACACACGUCUUCCUCUGCUGUCUCACCUGGGUGUCGAGUUUCCUUUGGAGUUGGACCCAUGGGAGCUUCUCCAGAAGCAUGUGCUAUCUGACUAUGUAAAUAAUGAGGGACAUGAGUUGACACUCUGCAUUCUGAACAGGUUAUAUCGUGAGGCAGAACAGGAUCAGGACUUUCUUUCAUCUAGAACAGCAACAUCAGUUUACGAAUCAUUUGUUCUGACAGUAGCUGAAAAUCUUCGUGAUAUGUUUCCGGCUUCAGACAAAUCACUUGGCAAAUUGCUUUGUGAGAUGCCAUAUUUAUCAGACGGUGUAUUAAAGCUUCUGGAGAGUUUAUGUUCUCCUGGAAACAACGAGAAGCAGGACAAGGAUCUUCAGAGUGGUGAUAGGGUAACUCAGGGUCUAAGUGCUGUCUGGAACCUUAUCAUGUUAAGACCUUCCAACCGGGACAGAUGUCUGGAGAUUGCUCUGCAGAGUUCAAUCAAUCGUCUAGAUGAGGUUCGCAUGAAGGCAAUACGUUUGGUAGCAAAUAAGCUAUUUCCCAUGGCAAGCAUUUCUAAAAGGAUUGAAGAUUUUGCAAAUGAAAAACUUGAUUCAGUCCUGGAAGUGAUUCCAGCUACUGAAUCUGCAUCAGCUGCUGAAAUGGCUACAUCUGAAGUUCACGAGGAUGGUGGUUUAGAAAAUUCAGCUUCAGUAGCAGAAGCUCAAACUUUGAUGUCACUCUACUUUGCUUUGUGCACCAAGAAGCAUUCCCUUCUUCGGCGUGUAUUUGCGAUAUAUGGUAGUUUACCACAGAGUGCCAAACAGGCAGUUCACAGACAAGUACCUAUUCUGAUUCGCACGAUAAGGUCCUCUCCUGAUCUUCUUGGGAUCAUCUCAGAUCCACCAGCUGACAGUCGGGACCUCCUCAUGCAGGUUUUACAAACUCUCACUGAUGGAGCAGUGCCAUCUCAAGAUCUGAUUUCCUCCAUAAAGAACUUAUAUUCAAAAACGAAGGACGCCGAGUUCCUUUUUUCAGUCAUGGCACAUCUGACAAAAGACGAGGUCAUGUCUGUGUUUUCCAAUAUUGUUAAUCUUCCUAUGGAUAAGUUUCAAGUUGCCCUUUCUCGAAUCCUGCAGGGAUCACCACAACAUGGUCCUUCUCUUGACCCAUCAGAAAUUUUGAUUGCCAUCCAUGUAAUAGAUCCUGAAAAGGAAGGCAUACCACUGAAAAAGGUUAUGGAUGCAUGUGCUGCUUGCUUCGAGCAAAGGACAAUAUUCACUCAGCAAGUUUUGGCAAAAGCUCUAAAUCAAUUGGUUGAACAGAUUCCUCUUCCUUUGCUGUUCAUGCGAACAGUUAUGCAAGCAAUAGGUGCCUUUCCUGCACUGGUGGAUUUUGUGAUGGAGAUCAUGUCACGCCUUGUUAGCAAGCAGAUUUGGAAAUAUCCUAAGUUAUGGGUAGGAUUCCUGAAGUGUGCUAUCCUGACAAAACCUCAAUCGUAUGGGGUGCUGCUGCAGUUACCAGCUCCACAACUUGAAAACGCCUUGAAUAAGAAUCCUGUACUGAAGGCACCCUUGGUUGAACAUGCCAGCCAACCAAAUGUGCGAUCAACUCUUCCGAGGUCUAGCUUGGUGGUUUUGGGUCUUGCUGAAGAUCCACAACCAGAACCUGCACCUGAAGCACAAAGCAGCCAAAACCAAGCAGCGGAAACUAGUAGUUCUGCUGCAGAUACUACAACAGAAGUAACUCAGGAAUCCUCUGCUGUCAGUUAAACCCCUGUUUGUGCUUCCGUAUGUCCUCAAUGAUGUGAUAGAUAUCAUCCAAGAUCUGUGCUGUUUGGUAUAUUUCAUUGCAUUUCUUUAUACUGCUGGAGUGGAGGCAUUGCGUAGCGAGGGAAGAACCAGUGUAUUUAUCGAGCGGGGAAGAUGGCACUACGAAAUGAAUGUGAUAAAGAUACCAUUAGUUUCUGCACGAUUGGGCAUCGCAUUGUACAAAACAUUACCUUCAAAAUUAGAUAGUGAUAGGAGAGAGUUGUUGUUGAGCCCUGCUAUUUAUUUAUCCCUACAUCUCUGUCUUAUAGACCAGCUUUGCAGGAAUUUGACGAAGUAAGCAUUCACACGCUGUUUGAUCUUAUGACAUGUGACAGCUAAAGGGAGAAUGUAACACCUUUUUUGAUUAUUUGUUUGCAGAAACUUUGUAAUGGUUUAUUAUGUAGGAGUAUUUUACACUUUCGUUGUGAAACAUUCA